UCUGCAUAGUGGUAGUGGACCAUCCUAAGUUGUGAUUUGUGAAACACUAGCUGUUGAUUUUCCACUCAACUAUUUAUGGGUUUUCGCUUUUGAAAUCAGAGAGAAAAAAAACCUAAUUCUUUAUCUCUUUGUUUUGAAACGAUCAAGAGAAGGAAUGGGUUCUGAAGGAUCAAGUGUUGUCGUGCCAAGGAAUUUCAGAUUGCUAGAAGAACUCGAGAGAGGUGAAAAAGGAAUUGGGGAUGGAACUGUUAGCUAUGGAAUGGACGAUGCUGAUGACGUAUACAUGCAAUCGUGGACUGGCACUAUUAUUGGCCCCCCUAAUACUGUUCAUGAAGGACGCAUCUACCAGUUGAAAUUGUUCUGUGGCAUGGAUUAUCCUGAUAACCCACCGAGCGUGAGGUUUCAAACCCAGAUAAAUAUGACCUGUGUCAAUCCUGAAACCAAAGUGGUUGAACCAAGCCUUUUCCCCAUGCUUGCUAAUUGGCGAAGGGAGCAUACAAUGGAGGAUAUAUUGACUCAGCUGAAGAAAGAAAUGAUGUCUCCACAAAACCGGAAGCUUACUCAGCCUCCUGAAGGCAAUGAUGAGGCGAGGAUUGAUCAAAAGGGAUUAGUGGUGAGGUGUUGCAUCUUUUAAACUUAAUUGUAUGAACAUAAUGUACAUAAUAUAUAUACACAGAUAAUUCCUGCAACUGCCUUAGCUCAAUCAUAUAUAUAUAAUAUAAUGCUUGUGUAUGAGAGAGAUGCCCUUGGCUCCACCAAAUGGUGGUUAAAUAAAUCGAACUUCUUAAUUAAUUUA